AAAACUUCCAUGAUCUCAUAACAAAGUCUCUUCCUCGCUCACGUCGAAAACAUCUCCCCGAAGUUUCUUAUUACUUACCUUGUUCAAAUCGUUAAUUGUCCUUUAAAACUUCGAUCUUUGUUCAACAAAAAUAAUCUCAGACUCUCGGUCAACGGAAUCGAAGCAAAACUCUGCCUCUAGUUCCGUAGAAUUCACCGGAGACUGAACAAAAAUCCCGUGAGUUUUUUAGUUUUCCGUUACAUUCUCUGUCUCAAUUCUGAAACUUUUCACAUGGGUUGUGCUCAAAUUUCCUUUUUAAUGGUUGUCGAGAUUUAUCUAUAAAGUCAAUGAUCUGGGUUUGAUCAAAGUCUCAAUCUUUCUCUUAAAUUUCGAAUAUUUGAUGAUCCCACGAGUUAGUCUCUCUAAAUCUGAUCUGGCUAUGCUUAAUCCGCCACAUUGUUGCUCUCAAGCUCUGGAUUUGAUUGUAUCAUGAAAAGUUAUCCAAUUGGAUCGAGUAAGGCAUUUCAUGCGUACUCAAGAAGCGGUGAUUUCGAUUUAGAAUCAGGAGGAACUAUCAGAAAAUCUAGAAAGCCUAAGACUUCGUUUUCGAAGAUGAUCAAAUCUCUUGGGAAUCGUCUUCACCACAUGUUCAAAUUGCACCCGGUUCUCGUUUUCGUCGUUUGUGUCUCGUUUGGUAUCACAGUUCUGAUACUUGUAUCGUCGAUUUACGGGAACCGUUUAGGAUCAACGGUUAGUUAUUAUAAGAAGAAUGAUUUGGAUAGCGAUGGUUAUCCAUUUGCUAAUCUGAAGAACCUUGUGAUGGUUGCUGGACAUUCUGUUUAUACGAGUAGUGAUUGUGGUAAAGUUGAGAAGGAGGAUUCGUGGUUCUUGGAGUCUUAUCAGAAGAAUCCAGGUCAAGCUGCAACGUUCUUGAGUCAUAUACAAGAAGGUGUUGAAGCAGCAGCGAAAGAUGAUGAGUCUUUGCUUCUAUUCAGUGGUGGAGAGACUCGUAAGGACGCAGGACCUCGUAGUGAAGCUCAGAGUUAUUGGGCUGUUGCUGAGUCAAAAGGAUGGUUUGGUAAGAAUGAGGUGAGGUCUAGGGCCUUGACGGAAGAGCAUGCCAGAGACAGCUUUGAGAAUCUUCUCUUUAGCGUUUGUCGAUUCAGAGAGCUCACAGGCUCUUACCCACAGAACAUAACAGUAGUGAGUUAUGAUUUUAAGGAGGAGAGAUUUGCGCAUUUGCAUCGUUCAGCAAUGGGAUUUCCGGAAUCAAGAUUUUUCUACUUAGGAACACCAGCUUCUCUAUCAUCCAAAGAAGGCGCUCUAAAAGGCGAGGCUUUGGUUAGAUCACAAUUUCAAGAAGAUCCAUACGGAUGUGUUGGUUCGCUUUGGCGUAAGAAGCUGAAUCGUGACCCUUUCCAUAGGACUAUACCUUACCCUAUUGGUUGCCCUGAAAUUGGAGGAUUGUUCAGGUACUGUGGUUCAGCUCCUUUUCCUGGCUCUCUCCCAUGGGGCUAAUCUGUAUAAGAUCUAUACUUAAAGAGGAAUCAAUACUUGAUCAAAGAGCUUGUUGGUAGAGAAACUCUUUUUCUUUUUGUUACUGUCCAACAUAUUUAGAUUAUACAGAAAACUUCAGAAUCUUUGUAUUCUGCUUUCAUGUGUUGUCGAAAAACCGAGAAUUUUACUUGUAUCAAAUGCAAUUUACGUAAAAUAAAAUUUUGACAUUUCUAUCC